AUGAAGGCGUACGACUCCAUCGACCACGACUACUUGGCACAGGUUAUUGAGAACCUGCACUUGCCAGGGUGGUUAUCACUAUUCAUCAAGCAAACGGUGAAGAAGUGGAAUAUAGAGAUAAGGUGGCACAACAACACUCUCAUGCACAAGAAAGUCGAGAGGGGCAUACUACAGGGUGAUAGCCUGUCGCCCCUUCUCUUCGUCUUGUGUCUGGACCCACUGAGCAGGCACCUGACCCGCCUUUUUCCUAAGGUGGAGAUACAAGUGCCAGGCGACAGAGUCUACGCGACAAACCACUUUCUCUAUAUCGAUGACCUAAAAAUUUUCGCCCACGAGGAGAGCACGAUUAUCGGCAUGACUCGGGAAGUGGAGCUAUUCUUCAAAAAUACAGGAUUCGUGAUCAACCGCGACAAAUCUGCAACUAACACGGAAGCUUGCGCGAGCAUAGCGAAAAUGAUGGAAGGGCCAGACACGUACAGGUACCUAGGAGUCACGGAAAACAGGCACUCAAUCACUGAAUGCAAUGCGAUGUACGAGACAAUCGUGAACGAGAUCUGCAGGAGAGUAGAGCUACUCGCAGCUUCGAAGCUGUCAGCGAAAAACCUAUCGCUGGCCAUAAACGAGUACGCCCUGAGUGUAAUCAACUACUACGUGGGAGUUAUUCCCAUGGACAUCACGUACUUCAACAGGAUAGACCUGGAAAGCAGAGGCCAUGUUGUUACGACUGUGGAUGAUGUUAAGGGUGCAGAGAGUGGUGAAAUCCUGGAGGAAUCCGACGGAGAGGAAGGCCUCGGCAAGACGGGCCCAUGGACUUCCGACCCUGAAUUCGCUAGGUCCAUCUUAGAUUCAAAUCUGAAACUGCAAUUUGACGCUUAUGCCGAGUUCCUUAAGGAUGUUUGCCACAGUGCCAUCGCUGAAGUGCGCAUCCCAAAGCCCGAAUGGCUAGGAUCAAGCGAACACUCCUGCAAUAAUGACAUCUGCUGUAUAAGGUGCGGCACCUGCAGGGAUACGCCAGCUACUGAUUAUACGCGUACCAUAUAUACGGGAUCGAGCAACACAGAUGUGAAGAAAGGUCAACGCUUCGAAAGGGAGACCGCUCUCGCUAGAACUGACAUGCUAGAAUCGAUGCUGGGGCAAUGCGUAUGUAUGUGCAACUGCCUGUCCGAUCGAAGGCUGGUCGACAGGGUGAUUCGUGAUAACUCCAAGGUUCGUCGUGAGGGUAAUUGUGGAAUUGUGUGGCACGACAUGGAAUGCCCAGAGAACAUGCUGGAUGCAGAGUAUCCGGACCUGCCGCAAGAAGGUGUUCUACAGGAGAGGUUCAUUUUGCGAGUUAAAGCUGAGUACAUACCACUUUCAUGGAAACAACGCAGCCCCUUCGCAUGCAAACUGGAUAUUAUAACAGAUACGGCCAACGAUGAUGUUUACAGCGGCGAGUCACCCAACCAUACCGACGGCGGGAGAGCUACGCCAAGGGAACAGCAAAGAAACGAGACUGCGGGUAACGGUGUAUUACACAAUACUCCACUUUCUACUUCCCCCACGAGCCAAUCCCCAAGUCGCCAUGGCAGCAACGUGUCAGGUGGUAACAGGCCGUCAAUCUUACAUGGGCCUUCGGAUACGCCCAAUCGCAAUGCCGACCCAGAAGGUUGCGCAAACGUGCAGGAGUCGCCUGUGUUAAAACUCGAGGAAUCUAAGGAUCUUAGUAGUUUCACGCUAUGGGAUGCCGUGGAAGCACUUGCGGAAGAGCAACGGGAACUCCAUCGUAUCCUGCGUAACAAUGAGUUCACGGAUUGCUUUGAUGCAAUGGAGAUCGACGUUUCGCAAUUAACACGGGAAAAACUUGUGUUGAAUAGCGAUUGCAUCAUUGAUGACCCGAAUUCUGAAGAUUACGUAGAAAUAGCGUUGUACCUGCCGUACGCGCCAAGCUGCAUCAUGCCCUGGCGGUUCGAGUCAAUCGAUACAGUAGAGAUCAUGUCACAGCUGCCCAAAUUUGUGCCUAUAGUUGAAGUGGAACGUCGCUAUGGCGUAUUGGAGGAUGUCGACAGUAUCGGUCCACCUGACUCAGAGGAGACGACACAAAGCGAUGACGUUAUGCCGGAUGAAUGCUUUAUAGCCAGGGACAUAGGUACAUUGGAACAUCUGGAUGAGCUAGUCAACACUCCGACCAAUAUCAGGGCAUACGAGGAUCUGUCCAGCAACAGCGGCUCCGGAACCCUGGUCGAAAGCUCCACUACCCCGUACGCAGAUGAUGCCUCGACACUCGGCAGUGAUACCAGCUCGCCGACGAUAAUCAAGGAUUUGUUUUACGAUUACACGGAUGGCGAGUCGGAGACGUUGGCCUAUUCCGAAGUGCUGAGGGAUAUGAUGGUAGUGCCGCUCUGCGUUAAAAGGGUGCUUCAAGUCAUGCGCGAGCAUAUCCUCGUGCGCAACGAAGUCCUGAACGAGGAAGCGCAUGCGUGCAAGCUGUACAGACGCCAGUGGCACCAGCACCUGAAACGUAUGAAGGCCGCGGCGCCGAAGGUAGAUGAUUUCGCGUGGGUGUGCUUCCCGUAA